AUGUCUCUGCUCACCGCUCCAGAUGCUGCUUCGUUGAACGACACAAGGAGUUUGUCGUUCCACUUGGGAUCAGCUACCAGACAUUCAUCUUCUCUUUCAUCAUAUUCACCUCAUCCUUCUCCUUCGUCGUCGUCGUCAUCCUCGCAUAUGCAAUCGACCAUCGUAGAGGACCUCCUUGAUGGCAUGCUACACAAGGUUUCAUCCCUUCCCGAGGUGAUCAUCCCCGACUUUCUACUCCCUUUCUCCCCGUAUCAAGCCACGGAGUACUUUAGGACUCGCAGGGACUCUCCUCGGUGGAAUGGCGAGUGGUGCCCUGGCCCAUCCAACGAGGAGGGAUCUGGUAUGGCAAAUUUUUUCAACAAUAUAGUGGCAGCCCUCGUCACAUAUUCGCAAACCUCGGCCAAACGGUUGUGGCUAGCAGGCGAGGCCACCCAGAUCAACGUGGUUUCCGAAGCCAAAGGUGACAGGGCACCCAAUCUCGUACUACUUAACGGUCAUGUCAAGAAUCCAUCCUGGUGCGAUGUGGACGCUGUCGGCGAGAUCUGUCGUGACGGACAAAAUCGGCUGCCCAAUCUCGUCGAGGACGUUGACCUUAUUUUUCGCCAUCAAGCUCACCGGCGCUAUGUUCUCGGACUCACUUUCCAUGGACUCAACUUUUGUCUUCACCUUUUUGAUCGCGCAGGUCUCAUCUCAUCCAGGACAUUCUCCCGCGACUAUGAUGACGAAAAAUUCCUGCGCAUUCUAGGAGGUCUGAGCCUCUUAGAUAACGACGAGAUUGGCUACGACCCGAGCAUCUCGCUUACACUCAACGAUCCGUUCAUAAUCGUGGACGGAAUGCACUAUACUAUCCUGCGCAUCCUCUUUCGCGAUCACAAUAUACGAGGACGAGGGACGACGUGCUUCCUUGUCACCCGAGGUAGAGAACGGUAUGUCGUGAAGGAUGUGUGGGUCGAUACGAGCCGACCCACAUCGGAGGCUCAGAUACUUAAAUAUGCUGGCGACAUAUCUGGAAUCGCACGCUGGGAAGCUGACGAAAACGUUCAAGCCGACGGUGUCGAUGACAGCACAAAUUCCCGUCGUUCUCCCUUGAUGCCGUCCAAAGACCGCCAUUAUUUCCCGAGAUAUCAAGAAUUGGAGAAUCGCGUUCAUCGUCGACUGGUGCUCAAGGAUUUUGGUGAACCUCUUUCGACCUUUGCUUCACGGUGUGAGCUUCUUGGUGCUUUCAUUGACGUGGUCAAGACGCUUUUCCAAUUAUACAACGACAAGCAGAUUAUACACGGUGAUAUCAGCCCAAAAAAUAUCAUGUUUUUGGAUGAUGAGACACAUGCUCGUGAGAAGGAGAAAGUCAUCUCGUUCACUCUGUACUUAUCUUCAUUCUUCAUUCACGAGGGAACCUUGCCGUUCAUGGCGGUUGAUCGCUUGCGUGAAAACGCAUUCAUGAUUCCGCACAAGGCGCAACAUGACCUCGAGUCACUAUUCUAUGUCAUCUGUUGGAUCUGCACGGCAUACAAUGGCCCAGGACGUCGCGUCAACACCCCUAACGCGGUCAUGGAGAAGUGGAAUCAACCGAGCGACUGGCUGGCGAGCGGAAGAGAGAAGCAAAACAGCAUCCAUCCUGACCACUUCGAUUCAGUCCUUAAUCAGUUCCAGCCUUACUUCAAACCGUUGAAAGUCUGCGUACAGAAGCUCGCGAACCUUUUCGACACUCGAGGUAAUGGCAGGCCAUCAAACGCAUCUCUUCGACCUGAGGCGCGUGAUGUUACGCAUGACGAUUUUCUCAACAUUCUACAUGCGGCACUCAAGAGACUGCCGCAGCACGAAACGGAGGGCUGUCGACAUCUCACUGAGUCUGAGCUGGAGUCAGAUUACGAGAUGCUUCAUACUGAGAGGUCAGAUUCUGGCAUGUCGGACUAUGGCAUGUCGGACUCUGGCAUGUCGGACUCUGGCAUGUCGGACUCUGGCAUGUCGGACUCUGACAUGUCAGACUCAGACAUGUCAGACUCUGAUUGA